CCUUCAGAUUGUACCCCCACAUCCUUCCAGAUUACACAGCAGCCAUCACCAAGCCAGAGAGUUGAAGCUUCUAGUCUCAGCCUCUUCUGUCCUGAACAGUGGUCAUCCAUGAUGUGGGAACUCCGCUCUGUGGCUUUCACUCGGGCUGUCCUUGCCGAAUUUCUAGCCACACUGAUCUUCAUCUUCUUUGGUCUGGGCUCGGCGCUCAACUGGCCUGCUUCCCCACCAAACGUCCUCCAGAUCUCACUAGCUUUUGGCUUGGCCAUAGCUACUUUGGUUCAGGCUGUGGGCCAUGUCAGCGGGGCCCAUAUUAACCCUGCGGUGACCGUAGCGUGCCUGGUGGGCUCCCAAGUCUCCUUCCUGAGGGCUGUCUUCUAUGUGGUGGCACAGAUCCUGGGAGCUGUGACAGGGGCGGCCCUUCUGCAUCAAGUCACACCGCCUCACAUCCGGGGGAGCUUGGCUAUCAACAGGGUACACAACAACACAACGUCAGGUCAGGCAGUCACUAUGGAGCUGUUCCUUACCUUUCAGUUGGUCCUGUGCAUUUUUGCCUCGACUGAUGACCGCAGGAGCGAUAACCUGGGAUCCCCAGCCUUGUCCAUUGGUUUCUCUGUUGCCCUGGGCCAUCUGCUUGGGAUCUACUACACUGGCUGCUCCAUGAACCCUGCUAGAUCUUUUGGUCCUGCUGUAAUUGUGGGUGAAUUUGACAACCACUGGGUCUUCUGGCUGGGUCCAAUAGCUGGAGCAGUGGUGGCUUCCUUGCUCUACCACUAUGCUCUCUUCCCCCAUGCAAAGACCCUCUCAGAGAUGCUCGCAAUCUUCAAAGGCUACGAACCAGAGGAAGACUGGGAGGACCGUGAAGUUCGCAGGAGGCAAUCGAUGGAGCUCCACUCCCCACAGACUCUGCCUCGAGGGGUGAUGGAGAAAGUGUAGGCCAGCCCCAACAACAAGUACAAGGAGCUAGCCACAUCCUCCAGCAUUUUCUUCUGAGUCACAUGUGCAUUCAUACUUGCCGUAAAUGCACAAUGCAUAUCAAGCUUCUCCCCUGGGAACAGUAUGUUUAUCAAUGAUGGGGCAUCCAUGGAGCACAACUCUUUAGCUCAAGUUGUAAGCGAUGUGCCUUUUGCUCUGAAAGGUUCCUCCAAGGAGAUUUAAGCUCUACUUAUAGAUCAAUGGAAACCAUCACAUGGCACCAUUUUGUGCAACCUGAUGAAUUAAUCCACAGAGCAUUUUUCUUCUUCUUCCUUGUGUCUAGUAAUCUAAAUUUCCUCUGGGUCUCUAGAAUUCUGGUCAAAGGGUCACUGACUAUAACAGUCCAUCUAUAUAAAAAAAACUCUGUGCAUUUCCCUUGAGGGCAUAACAGUUACAACUUUCAGAGGUCUAAUACUGGCAUCCAGAAUGAUGGACUGAUAAAUGAAGGAAGCACAAAUUUUGCAGCUAGAUUCUAAGUAUGAUGAUCCAGAAGCAAGUCACACUUUAUUCAAUAAGACUUGUUUCUGAGCUAUUCAGCCUUAGGCUGCUAUCCUAAUCACACUUACUAACGAGUAAGUCCCAUGAAACAAAGUGGGAUUCCUUCUGAAUAAAUGUGCUUAAAGUUGCACUGUCUGUCUUGCAGACUUCAGCCAAAUCAUUUAGCUUCUCUGCAAAGUUCUUACUUUGUUUGCACACAGCAGGUCCUUUUUGGUGUUUUUUUUUUACCAUUUAUUAAAAUGUAUGUGAGUGUAUUAAACUAUAGGCCGCUGGGCACAAGCAGGCCAAAUAAUGAUUACGAUAAGCUCAUAGCUACCAAUCAAAGCCAUACUCAGUGUUUUCAAGAAGUGUUUGCAGCCAACCCUGAGUUUUCCCUGGCAUCACAGAGGUCACAUCCACACCAUACACUUAAAGCACACUUAAAGCAUGUGGCUUCCUCUAAAAAACUCCUGGGGACUGUAGUUUAUCCCUCACAGACCUACAGCUCCCAGCACCUUUAACAAGCUACAGUUCCCAAAAUUCUUUAGGGGAAGCCAUGUGCUUUAAAUGUGAGUUAAAUGUGCCUUACAUGUGUGUUGUGGAUGCACACAGAGUAAACCUUUUCCUCUUUGCUUUCUUAACCCUCUUACUUAACUCCACCUUCACCGAGGCACUCAAAUUGGGGAAUGGAAUGGAACAUUUUUGCAAAUACCAAAGAGAAGAACUUGCUCUAGCUAGAUUACAUAACAGCAUCUUUGCAUUUUUCUAAAAGCCAUCUGUGCAUACAUAUUAACUGCAUGCAUAUUAACUUUUAUAUUCCUGUACAUGUUCUUCAUCAUCACUAAUGACUGUUGUUUUUGCAGAGCCAAAUAGGUAGGUUGCCAGGUUCAAUCCCUGAUCCUGAUCCUGUAUCUUUAGGA